AUGUUAGGCUGCAAACCUGUAAAUUCUCCUAUUGAGCAUAAUCAUAGACUGGGAGAAGAUUGUGGUCCUUCCCUUGUUGAUGAAGAAAAAUACCAGAGACUAGUGGGCAAGCUUAUCUAUCUGUCUUUGACUCGCCCAGACAUUACCUAUGCAGUAGGAGUAGUGAGCCAGUUUAUGCAUGCUCUUAAGAGUGGGCAUUUGGAUGCCAUGUACUGUAUCCUCAGAUACUUGAAGUCCUCUCAAGGGAAAGGACUAUUGUAUUCUAGGAACAAUCAUUUGAGGAUAAAAGGCUACACUGAUGCUGAUUGGGCUGGUUCCGUCUUUGAUAGACGGUCUACAUCAGGCUAUUGCACAUUUGUGGGUAGCAAUUUGGUUACAUGGAGAAGUAAAAAACAACCUGUUGUGGCUAGGUCAAGUGCAGAGGCAGAAUUUAGGGCAAUGGCUCAAGUUGUGUGUGAACUUAUAUGGUUGAGAUGGGUGGUUCAAGAGUUAGAGGCAUUGACAUUGAAGGGCCUAUGUGACUCUAUUGUGAUAACAAGGAACAUCAACCCAGUUACGUCCCUGCGUGGUCCCACUUCAGGAAAUGGUAAAAGGGUAAUUCAGAAGUCUCCCCUCAUGAGACGGAAGGGGAGUUUCCUUGACCUCCUAUUGGUUGUCCACCUUGAUUCGAUGGUGGUGUUCUCUUGUCCCUUGCUCCCCAUCGUGUGGGGUCUCUCCUUGGUAGGUCCCUCCUUUGUUCGUCUGCUCAACAAAAAUGAUUGUGAUCUCUUAGCUGAUUAUGGCCUGCGCAUCCUCCUCUUCAAUCUAUAA